AAGGGAUUCAACCCAAGGCUACUUCGAAUGUUUGGCUUGCGUGCCUUCCCCUUCUUGUGCAACUUGUGGGGCAAAUUCUUCAACACAUAAGAAGGUGGCUCUCAACCUUCUUCCUAGAAGUACCUUUGUCUACUGGACCCACGUCUACCGAAAAUGAGCCAAUUCUCUAGCGAGACCAUUCGCCACACUAUCUACAAAACUAGUAAUUCAGAUGCGGAUAGCCUCUCACUCAGCAAGGCCUUGACUACCGUUUUGCUGAUUGGGGUCACGUACUGCAUUCUUGUCGGCAUAUACAGGGUCACACUCCAUCCGCUCGCAAAGUAUCCCGGGCCAAAACUGGCAGCGGUGACGCGCCUGUGGCAUACUUACCAUCUAUGUACCGGAGACGUCGUUGCAGCCCUUUCGCGGGCACACGAGACAUACGGACCAGUGUUACGGAUUGCUCCAGACGAGGUGCUCUUCACCUCGAGUCGCGCGUGGGAUGACAUCUACGGUGCGCGCCCCGGGAAACCCGAGAUGGAUAAGGAUACCCCCCUCUACAAGGGUCCCACGGCUCCUCAUUCAAUCGUCACAGUGGAUGGCGAGCUGCAUCGCUUUUACCGCCGUCUGCUUGCCAAGGGGUUCUCGGAUGCUGCAUUGAGAGAGCAGGAGCCAGUGAUACAACGCAACAUCAAUCUACUGAUAGAGAAGCUGCAUGAGGAAGUAGCAGCAGGAAGGGCACCAGAAAUGACGGCUUGGUUCAACUAUGCGACAUUCGACUUGAUUGGGGAACUUGCAUUCGGCGAGACCUACGGCUGCCUGGAGAACUCGCAGUACCAUCCCUGGGUGGAAAUGAUUCUCGAGGUCAUGAAGCUCCGUGCCAUGACGCAUGCUGUGGGGUACUAUCCGUGGAUCUUCCAUAUCCUGAUGUUGUUCGUGCCCAAGUCCUUGCGCGAUAAAUUUGUCACCCACCGGAAGUACACCCAUGACAAGGUGCAGCGUCGAAUGGACCGAAAGAUCCACUACAAAGACCUGACCACCAACUUGUUCGAUCCACAGAACGGGCUCGAACGUUACGAGAUCGACGGGAAUUGCUCCACCCUCAUCAUCGCCGGGAGCGAAACGACGGCAACCGCUCUGAGCGCCACGCUAUACUUCCUAACCCAGAACGAAAACGCCAAGCGCAAAGUGAUCGGCGAAAUCCGAAGCACCUUCCACAAUGUUGGAGACAUUAACUCGAUCAGCGUGAAUCAGCUGAAGUAUCUGAACGCGUGCAUGAACGAGGCGCUCCGGAUCUUCCCUCCCGGUCCCGCCGUCUUUCCGCGUCGAGUCCCUCCGGGGGGGGAUUUUAUCGACGGGCAUUGGAUCCCUGGAGGUACUCAGGUUGGCAUCGCCCACUACUGCAUCAACCGUUGCAGCCGAAAUUUUGUCGAUCCGGACAAGUUCAUCCCUGAACGAUGGCUCGGCGAUCCCGUGUACCAGAACGACGACCGCCACGCCAUGCAGGCCUUCAGCUACGGUCCUCGCAACUGCAUUGCCCAUAAUCUGGCCCGGUUGGAGAUGCGCCUGGUCCUGGCUCGCUUGAUCUGGGAGUUUGAUUGGGAGUUAGCUCCUGGAUCGGAGCAGUGGGAAGAGGCGUUAGUCUUCAAUGUCUGGAGUACAAAGCCGUUGAAGAUCAUAUUUACCCCAGUAUUACGCUGAUGCUGAAGAGAGUGGAUAAUAGGGGUGCCUAUCUGACAGUUUGUGGAACUAAACCUU